GGGGAGCUGGGAGUGGGACCGGGGCCUGGGGGUGCCGGUACCGGGGCCUGGAGGGGCUGAGGCCUCGGAGAACCGGGCCCGGGCCCUGAAGGAGCCCAGGACCAGGCCCCGAGGCGUGUAGGGUUCGGUCCCGGUGGAGCCGUGAUGGAGCCGGAGCCGGGCCCCGCUCCCGGUGGGGCCCCGCGGCCGUACCGGUGGGACUGGGACUGCCCGGCGGCUCGGCGCAGGCUGGAGGAGCUCUACUUCCCCUGGCGGGCCUGCCCCGAGGAGAGCCGCGGCUUCUGGGCCUUCUUCGAGCGCCUGCGCCGCUUCCAGAGCCGCCGGCCGGAGCGGGAGCCGGUGUGGGACAGCGACGAGGACCAGCCACCCGCCCGCCGCCUCGGCCUGCCGCGCCGCUACCACCCCCGGCACCGCGUCAACCUGGCGGUGCCGAGCCCCGAGCCGUCACCGGGCCACCCGUGGGUGCCCCGGGAAGCCCUGAAGGAAUUCCUCGACGCCCUCCUGCUCUACUUAGACUUCGGCCAGAAGCGGAGCUUCGCCAAGCUGGCCAAGCUGCAGCGGGAGCGCGAGGCGCUGCCCAUCGCCCGGGCUCGCCGGCGGCUCCUGCGGGCCGUGGCUGAGAACCAGGUGGUGGUGGUGGCCGGCGACACCGGCUGCGGCAAGUCCACGCAGGUGCCGCAGUUCCUGCUGGCCGCCGGCUACCGCCGCGUGGCCUGCACCCAGCCGCGCCGCAUCGCCUGCGUCUCGCUGGCCAAGCGGGUGGCCUUCGAGAGCCUGCAGCAGUACGGCGACCAGGUGGGCUACCAGAUCCGCUUCGAGAGCAGCCGCUCGCCCGCCACCAGCAUCGUCUUCCUGACCGAGGGGCUGCUGCUGCGGCAGGCGCAGCGGGAGCCGGCGCUGCCCGCCUACGAGGUGAUCAUCGCCGACGAGGUCCACGAGCGGCACCUGCACGGAGAUUUCCUCCUGGGGGUCCUGCGGCGCCUGCUCCCCGCCCGGCCCGACCUGAAGCUGGUGCUGAUGUCGGCCACCAUCAACAUCCGCCUCUUCUCCGACUAUUUCGGGGGCGCCCCCGUGCUGCAGGUGCCCGGGAGGAUCUUCCCCAUCUCGGUUAUCUACGAGCCCAUCCCCAAGGAGGAGGUGGCGGCGGCGGCGGGGAAACCGGAGCGCCUGGACCCCCGGCCCUACCUGCGGGUGCUGCAGGCCAUCGACCACAAAUACCCCCCGGAGGAGCGCGGCGACCUCCUGGUUUUCCUCAGCGGGGUGGCCGAGAUCGGCGCCGUGCAGGAGGCGGCGCAGGUCUACGCCGCGCACACGCAGCGCUGGAUCGUGCUGCCCCUGCACAGCACCCUCUCCGUCAGCGAGCAGGAUAAGGUGUUUGACGUGCCACCUCCCGGCGUCCGAAAGUGCAUCCUCGCCACCAACAUCGCCGAGACCUCGGUGACCAUCGACGGCGUGCGCUUCGUGCUGGAUUCGGGGAAGGUGAAGGAGAUGAGCUACGACCCCCAGGGCAAGCUCCAGCGCCUGCAGGAGUUCUGGAUCAGCCGGGCGAGCGCCGAGCAGCGGAAGGGACGCGCGGGCAGGACGGGGCCCGGUGUCUGCUACCGGCUCUACGCCGAAUCCGACUAUGACGCCUUUUCCCCCUACCCCGUGCCGGAGAUCCAGCGGGUCGCGCUCGAUGCUCUGGUCCUCCAGGUAAAAAGCAUGGGGCUGGGCGACCCCCGGACCUUCCCCUUCCUGGAGCCCCCUCCCGCGGCCAGCCUGGAGACGGCCGUGCGCUACCUGCGGGAGCAGGGGGCCCUGGACGAAGCCGAGGAGCUGACGCCCAUCGGGACGCUGCUGGCCCAGCUGCCUGUGGACGUGGUGGUGGGCAAAAUGCUGGUGCUGGGCGCGCUUUUCGGGCUGGCCGAGCCCACGCUGACGGUGGCGGCGGCGCUGAGCGUGCAGUCGCCCUUCCUGCGCCUCUCCAACGCCAACCCCGACUGCGCCACCGCCCGGCGGCCCCUCGAGAGCCCCCACGGGGACCCCCUGACGCUGCUCAACGCCUUCAACGAGUGGGUGCAGGUGAAGUCGGAGCGCGGCGGCAGCUCGCGCAAGUGGUGCCGGCGGCGGGGCUUGGAGGAGCAUCGGCUCUACGAGGCUGCCAACCUGCGGCGGCAGUUCCAGGAGCUGCUCCGAGACCACCGGCUCCUGGAGGCGGCCCCCAGCCGGCCCAGCGACAGCUACAGCCGGCAGAGCCGGCACCGGGAGCGCCGCGAGCUGCACCGGCUCUGCCGCCGCCACGCCGAGACGCAGGGACGGAGGCGCAAGGUGCUGCGGCUCCAGGACGGCACCGCUGGCUCCUCUGGCGAGGAAGAGGAAGGAGCGGGCGCCCACGAGCCCGGUGAGCGCAGUGUCGACAUCCAGGACGUCAAGUUUAAGCUCCGCCACGACAUGGAUGAGCUGCAGGCCGUGUCCGGCUCGGUCCUAUCGCUCUCGCAGCUCGCCCUGCUCAAGCUGGUGCUGUGCAGGGGCCUCUACCCGCAGCUGGCCGUGCCCGACGCGCUCAACAACAGCCGCAAGGACUCAGAUCAGAUUUUCCACACCAAGAGCAAGCAGGGCGUCGUGCUUCACCCGUCCUGCGUCUUCGCCACCAGCCCGGAGCUGCUGCAUGCCAAGGAGGGGAAGGAGCGCGGCGGGACCAAAGAGGACGGGCUGAGCCGCCACCACCAGCUCCUCGCCUUCGUCUCGCUGCUGGAGACCACCAAGCCCUACCUGGUCAACUGCAUCCGCGUGCCGGCGCUGCAGGCCCUGCUGCUCUUCUCCCGCUCGCUGGACACCAACGCGGACUGCACGCGGCUGGUGGCGGACGGCUGGCUGGAGCUCACCCUGCCCGACGCCGCCGCCGCCCUGCGCUUCCUCGCCGCCGCCCUGCAGCUCCGAGCCUCCUGGGAGAAGCUCCUGGACCAGCAGCUGGACCCCGGGGGCGACGAGCCCAGCUCCAGGGACCUCUCUGCGCUCAAACGGGGGCUGCUGGAGUUCCUGGGGAUGGAGGCGCCGUACCGCCUGCGCCAGCUGACGGGGCUGGAGAAGCAAACUCUCUACGUCGGCCCCCAGACCGUGCCUGCGGCCCCCCAGCUCCCGGGGCUCUUCCAGGGCACCGAGCUGAAACCCGACGAGGUGAAAGGUGGCCACAGGGUGACCGAAUUCCUCACCUACAAUUGCCUGGCCACGGACACAGACCUCUACAGCGAGUGCCUGCGGAGCUUCUGGACGUGUCCCCACUGCGGUCUCCACAUGCCCUUCACCCCCCUGGAGCGAAUGUGCCACGAGAGCACCUGCCAGCCCUCCGAGGCCCCCCCGGAGGAAGAGGCUGGGAGCUCUUCAAAAACCUCCGCCCUGCACCGGCUCUACCACUGCGACAUCUGCCAGCAGGACUUCACCCUCACGCCCACCGACAUCCUCCGGCACAAGAAGCAGCACCAGUGACCCCUGCUCGCUGGGACGCCUGCCCCGAGGGCUUCAGAGCCUCCUGGGGAGGGUGGAGACCCCCAAAAUUGGGGGAAACCCCUGCUCUGCUGCCCUUGGUGCCCUUAGAGACAUCAGCUGCAUCCUCAGGGACAUCGUGUGGCUCAUCGCUGACACUGUCACAUGUCCUCAGGUUGGGAAAACUUGAUUUUUUUUUUUGGGGGGUGUUAAAUAUAAAUAAAUGUGUUUUUUUUGAGAAGCUGGGUGCUGUCCUGGAGGUCGGGGGCAGCCAGGGCAGGGUUCUGGGGAAGUUUCCCCUGCCCCAUACUGCUGCACGGCGCGGCGCAGCCAGCGUGUGGCACUCCCACACCGCAUUUUGUCCCCUGCCUCAUCUCCUCCUCUCGCUGCAUCGCCGCAAAAGGCACCGACAGGGCCUGUGCCACCACAUCGCGACGUCCCCAAGGCCUCGAGGAGCCUCAAGACUCAAAAACCAACCCCAAAACCCCGCGACACCGCUGAUGGGUGACCCGCGUGCCCCUGCUGUGUUACCCUGGGAGGUCUGCUUUCAAGCCGUGGCUGCAAAAAUGCCCUUUUUUUGGGGCUGAAAAUGGCAAUUAAUUAAAAAAUAAAAAGCAAUCUGGUGGUAUUUUU